AUGGCCGAGGUACAAAGGAACCAGACACUGGCCUUUGGUAGCGCGCAAGAUCAGAGACGAGCUUCUUUCUCGCCUAGAAAGAGUAGCAUGGCACGACCGACCAUUCGCAUGCAAGAAGCACCUUCGAGCCCGGACACGUCAGAGUCGCCACGACCAGGCAUGUCCAGACCUUCAUCUGGUCAGGCGGAUCACCCUUCGAGCUCUCAUUCCAGAUCUGCUUCCCAACAAUCAUCCAUCAAACAUCUCAAUUCUAUCAAGCACCUUGAUUCUAUAGGACAACUUUCUUUGAGCGAUCUUCCGACUACCGGUGCUGAGGAAGUAGACCCAGAACCACUGCCCAUGCUGCAAUACCACCACAAGGGUCCUGACGAAUCCCCGGUCAAGAGAAACAAUCCCAAUCGCAUGUCUCAAGCAACUCUGAACAGUGUUGGCUCUUCUUCAAGUGGUGGCGCACUAAAGCCGCCGAGGACGUCAGGUCCUCGUGUCGCCUCGCAAACCUCAUUGGGCGCUGACCUCCGGGCGAGCACAUAUUCGCCAUUGUCUGCAGACGACAGCUUGUCGGUGAGCGGUUCGCCUAGAAUCUAUGCUCGCAAUCAGGCUGGCAACCGACGUUCGCCUGACACCAGACCGAUGUCGUAUAUUGACCUGCUGAACGAAGUGCCAUACUCGCAACAAGUGGCGCCGGCUCCAACUAUGAACAACACUAGUCUUCAGUCUGUCGUUGGCAAUAAUGCGUCAUUGCUUGAUAACAAGAAGACUCUCGACAUGUACCGUGCAAACGUCAAGAAGACCAACGAUCCCAGCAUUCAGUACGAAUUCGCCAUCUUCAUGAUUAAUGCAGCCAGAGAUCACGCUGAGGAUACGGAAUCUGCUGCAGAUCUGAUCAAGGAAGCCCGCGGCAUCCUCCAACGUCUCUCGGAUCGCGCCUACCCUUUUGCGCAAUAUUAUCUUGCCGAUGGUUAUUUCUCUGGAUUGUUCAACAAGGACAAGCCGGAUUACGACAAGGCUCUGCCGCUUUUUGUUGCGGCAAGUAAGCAUGGUCAUGCAGAAUCAGGAUAUCGUGCCGCACUGUGCUACGAGUUUGGAUGGGGCUGCGCUAAAAACUACCCGAAGGCUGUGCAGUUCUUCCGCGCUGCUGCGUCAAAGGGUCAUCCAGGAGCAGCAAUAAGACUUGGCAAAGCAUGUCUUACUGGUGACAUGGGGCUCGUGAAUCGAUAUCGGGAGGGUGUCAAAUGGCUGAAGCGUGCUACGGACUCUGCCGACUACCAAUAUAACAGCGGUCCUUAUGAGCUUGGAUUGUUACACCUCACUGGUUUCGGCGAGGAUAUAUUCAAGGACGAAGCAUACGCCGCUCAGCUCAUGACCAAAUCGGCCGAGCUGGGUCAUCCAGAGGCGAAUUACCGGAUGGGCCAAGCAUACGAGAAUGGAACAUUUGGAUGUCCCAAGGAUGCUGCACUGAGUGUUCAUUUCUACAACGGCGCGGCGUCAAAAGGGUUGCCCGAAGCUAUGAUGGCAUUGUGUGCUUGGUACAUGGUUGGAGCUGAGCCUGUGCUCGAGAAGGAUGAAGUUGAAGCUUACGAAUGGUCAAAGAGAGCUGCUGAAAUGGGUAAGAGAUUUGUUUCUGAGAUUCUUAGGGAAGCAAUGCUAACAUGCGCAGGACUUGCAAAGGCUGAAUACGCCGUGGGUUACUUCACGGAGAUGGGCAUCGGUUGUCGUCGCGACCCCUUGGAAGCCAACGUGUGGUAUGUUAGGGCUGCCGACAAGGGCAACGAGACUGCCAAACAAAGACUCGACAUUAUUAGAGCAGCAGCCUCUGGCGAAUCAGGUGUACCUAUGGCCAAGGGCAAGGCAAAGACGAAAGAACUCGGCGGUAGCAAAGAAAAGGAGUGUCUUGUCAUGUAA